CAUACCUCGCGUUCGUAAAACGGAGGCUUAUCGGUGAUCGAUCGAUCGCCCGCGUGCGACAGACGAUUCGCCGCGACGCGAAUACGCGGAACAAUCGGCGAUCGGCGACGGCGACACAUCGUCGAGGGAGUAGCGCACGAUUGUCAGCCCCGCGAGGGCGAAUCCUGCCUAUCGUCAUCCUCGAAAUCAGUCACCUUUCUUCGCUCGCCGCCUCGCCAGGGAAAAGCUGCGAGUUGAGUGUGACAGCCGGAGUCGCGGAGUCGCUGGCGAUCGCCACGCGAAGGACGUGAAUCGUUUCGCUUCGUCGGACCGUGGGGUGGUGAAACGUAUCGCGUAUACGCUAUAUACACGUUCUUCCCUCCCGCCCUCUUCCCGUCCUCCCAACGCCUCCGCCUCCGCCUCCACCUCCGCGAUACGAUCCGCGGAGCGACCUCGUAUCCGUAGUCGCGUGUGUGUGAUAGUGGCAAGCAAAAGGUCGCGCGCGCUGCGUUGCGUAUUUGGGAGGAUUCCAAGUGGUCCAGCAGUGUGUAUCCCCGCCGAGUGGAUCGAAAUUAUGUUCGCCAGGGGAUAGCCCGCGAACGAGACGCGCACACGACAAGCGAGAGUGGUAUUCGGGGCGAGCGAGCGAGCGAUCGAACGCGGGGGAGACAGCUAGAAAGGAGACAGUUUCGCAACGAGCAGCGCUUCGCGUAGAAGCGUCGCGACGACAAUGACAACGCGCGUCGCCGAGUGAGCUUGGCUCCCCGACAACCAAGAGGAUGCCACGGAGACAGGGUCGCUGCCGAAUCGUACCGGGGCGACACGGCAUCAGUGGGAUCUAGAGAGACGUUUCCUGAGGAGAGCGAGUGAAGCAAUCGGAGGACGAGGGAGAACCGAGAACGAGAUUAUACACAUGCCUUGAGUCCGAGAAAAAUAGAUCGAGGCAUGAUAUAGAAGGUGGGAAACUAAACAAGAAAAAGAGUAAAAGUAAGAGAGAGAGAACAGCGGAAGGAAGAUAGCGAAGAGCAAAAGACAGAACGAGGAGGAAGUUGUUAACGUGACAAGAAGGAUCACAGUCUUUCGAUUUCCGAAGUUCCUCUCCGUGGGUGUUUUUACGCGUGCGGCCGUGGAUCGAUAGUUUGUCCUGCACUCUCGUGCCGAACGGGAAUUGAAGUUACGACGGCGAGUUAGACUACGUGGAGGACGCGAACGGUCCUCUUUCGUUCGACAACAACGACACCCUCGAGCCGCGAGUAACGAGGCCCGUGGGAGACGAGGAGGAAGUUUCCAAAGGGGCCUAGCUGGUGGGUGCUGAUUAUCGCGACAGUCUUCAACGUCGCGAAGACGCUCGGCGAUCGCAAGUUUCCGCGGUGAUUUAUGGGGGAUUACAGCGCGACGAGCCUUUUCUCGCGUACCCUGACCAACCCGAAACCUAGCACGACCACAAGCAACAUCAGCAGCGCCGCCGUCACCAUAACGACAUCCACGAUGCAGGACGAUCUACUGAUCGAGAAGCAAACCACCGGCAAGCCCGCUCCGCUCUCGCCGAGCGGUGGUCUCGACACCGUGGCUGGACAGGACAAGUCGAAGGACGUGAUCGAGGCGGAGAACAUCGCCAUCACUCCGACGACGCCCUCGUCGAUAGAGAAAGACAUCACAUGUAGCACGACAUCGGCUUUGCAGGGCUUCGCUGAUCCCGGUGGCCGGGUGCCUAGCCUCUGGUCCGCGCCCGAUGACGGCGGUCUGCACACCACGUUACCAGUCAAUGGUUCGAUCGCUGCCUUUCAGAAUUUCCCAGCCGGUGGACCCGCGGGCCUUUUCGCCAGCACCGGUGCCGCCGCCGCGGUUUCGACCGGCACACGACGUGCCAUCACGGCUAGUCACAACUUUCCGCAGCAGCAACAACAACAGCACGGUAACGCGGGUGCGCCCACCGGCACCAGACACGCUGCCGCAGUCGCCAGCCCGGGCCUAUCUCCCUGGAACCGCGGUAGAUCCGUACCUAAUCUACCACCGCUGCACUCGUCUUUGCACGCCGCCGCAGCGGUUGCGGCCGCAGCCGGUCUGCAGGGUCGCAAGCCGAGUCCGACGUUCCCGGGCCAUCCGGGCCCGGCAGCGGCACAUCCCUCCUGCAUCAGCCCGGUCAAGUUCCGUCGGAGCACGUCGUAUCCCGGUAAGGGCAACAUAUAUCCACCUCAACCAGCACCAACCUUCGAGGUAACCGCUGCCGAGGAGAGGGACCUGCUGCAGCUGCCACCGUUUCAGCAAGAUCGUAUGACGGCUAAUGGAAACUCACCGUUAGACAACAUGAGGACUUUGGAACACUAUCUGAGCGACAUCAUGCGAGCCGGUGCAGCGGACACCCCAGAACAUCUGAAAGGAUUCAUAAACUGCAACACCGCCAACACGUUGCAGUCGCUCGCGCAGCUACAUGGUAAAUCUCCGUUCUUCCCGAGUCUCGAUGAGCAAGGGUUGGAGGAUCCGAAUGCGCCGAGCCAGUUGGACGGUGUCGGCGUUGGCGUCGGGGUAGGCGUCGGCGUUGGCGUGGGUGGCGGUAUAACGGCGUCCCAAGCGGCGCCGCUCUCAUCGCCGAGUCGAAGCAGUCCGCACAGCCAGGGCAGCGAAACCGGCGAGCGUUUCUCGAGGAAAGUCUUCGUCGGCGGAUUACCGCCUGAUAUCGAUGAAGAUGAGAUCACAGCCAGUUUCCGCCGUUUUGGUCCGCUUGUUGUGGACUGGCCACACAAGGCAGAAAGCAAAUCCUACUUUCCUCCGAAAGGUUACGCAUUUCUGCUGUUCCAGGACGAGGGUUCGGUGCAACAGCUGAUAGAUGCCUGCAUUCAAGACGAGGACAAGCUUUACCUUUGCGUAAGCUCGCCCACGAUCAAGGACAAGCCUGUGCAGAUCCGACCUUGGCGGCUCAGUGACGCCGACUUUGUGCUGGACGCCUCCAUGCCGCUUGAUCCGCGAAAGACGGUCUUUGUCGGCGGGGUGCCGCGACCGCUCAAGGCAGUCGAGCUCGCGAUGAUCAUGGACCGGCUUUAUGGUGGGGUUUGUUAUGCUGGCAUCGACACCGAUCCUGAGCUCAAGUAUCCCAAAGGUGCCGGCAGGGUCGCCUUCAGUAAUCAGCAAAGCUACAUAGCUGCCAUCUCAGCCAGAUUCGUACAGCUGCAGCACGGCGAUAUUGACAAAAGGGUUGAAGUCAAACCAUAUGUUCUGGACGAUCAGAUGUGUGACGAAUGUCAAGGCCAGCGUUGCGGAGGCAAAUUCGCACCGUUCUUCUGCGCCAACGUCACCUGCCUACAGUACUACUGCGAGCAUUGCUGGGCAACUAUUCACUCCCGGCCAGGUCGGGAGUUCCACAAGCCGCUGGUGAAGGAGGGCGCGGAUCGGCCUCGGGCCGUGCCUUUCCGUUGGUGUUAACCCCAGCUGCGUUGUCCCUAAUUAUCUCGCAGCCCUAGCUAAUUAACUACCACCUCUACCAAUAUCUCCCCACCCUCCCCUCACGUGCCCCAACCAACCCUCACUUCCCUCCGCCUCCAAUCUUACUUACUUACUUACCUACAACAAGAACACAGCCUCAAAACUGCUAUUACUACUACUACUAUUACUACCACCACUCGAUCGUUACGUACUACCACUACUCUACUCUACUACCACUAUUAUUACUAUUACUACUACUACCACUACUAUUC